CUCUCUCCUCGUGGAGUGCUUUAUUUCAAGACUUUGCUGUAGGCAUGUUCUCUGCAGAGGAGUGCAUCUGCUGUGCACGGACACAAAUAUCAACGUGGAAGAAUUGAUUCUGUUUUCUCUUCCAGAGCCUCACACAUCCGUCUCUUCUUUUGCCCUCUGCCACUUUCACAUCCCAUUGAUCUCUCUAUCCCCUCAUUUUAUUUCUUACUCCCUCUUCUUGGCUCAGCCUCCGCUCCUUUUCUACCACGACUCUCUGUUGCUUUCCCCAUCCCACUUCCUCUGAUCUGUGUGCUCUCUCUGCCUCAAUCCCAGAUAAUUCCCUCUCUGUGGAAUUGGAAGAUUGCAACAGGCGAGAGCAAAAGAGAGAUUAUACUGUCAGAUUAGUAGACAGGAGCAGCAAUACAUAAUCUCAGCACACACACACACACACACACCACGAUGUCCCUUUCCAUCACGUGCACAAAGCAUUUGCCACAUUAAUAAAUGCACGAGCACAUAAUCAGACACUUGUUGUUUUCCCUGAAACAGCUUGUUUAACCCUCUGUCUUUGACCUCUGACCUGCAGGGCGAUGUGCCAUCAGCCACUGGGGGGCAUCUGUCAACAUCAUCUCAUUUUGUUUGGAAAUCUCAUAUUUGCAAGCGAGGUUGUUCAUGGCUUACUCCGUGUUGUACGAUUAGGAAAAAAAAGAAAAUGGACAGUAGCCGGGCCAAGACUGCUAUUUAACAAUAUAGAGGGUGAUGUGCCAUCAGCCACUGGGGGGCAUCUGUCCUCGCUGCCACCCCUUCAUCCUGUAAAGCUUUUGGGACAGGAGUGCGGGUGCCCCUUCCCGACACUGCAGCCCCACUGGAGUCACCCGUGCCAAAGCUAGGUUGCGUGAAAGCAGCGGAGAUGGGCAGCCCGGGCAGCGAGGUGGGUCUAAACGACCCGUUGGAGCCCACUUCAGAAGCUCUGUGUCCCGAGUGUGGGCAGAUCCACCGCAGCUGGGAGAACCACCUCUACAACUACCGCCUGGAGGUGGACGACGACCUGGUGUGCCACAUCUGCCUGCAGCCGCUCGUUCAGCCCCUGGACACGCCCUGCGGACACACCUUCUGCGCCCGCUGCCUGAAGAGCUUCCUGAAGGAGAGGGACUUCUGCCCGCUGGACCGCACGAGGCUGCAGCUGCCGGCCUGCCGCAGGUCCAGCAUCCUGGUGCAUAAGCUGCUGGACAAGCUGUCCGUCUCCUGCCCUUUGACCCCCCUCUGCGCCCUCAGCAUGCCGCGGUGCGACUUGGAAGCUCAUCUCAAACACAGGUGUCCCGGGACGAGGAGUCAGCAGACGAGCGAGGACGUCCCGCGGUGUGAGAGCGGGGAUGAGCGUGUGACGGUGACCAGCCCCCCCAGGUCGCCCCGCUCCCCACAGACCGUGCUGAGGGACCGCACGCCCACGCCGCCCUCCGGGUCUGAUAACACGGCCGUCACUGGGCCCGUGUGGACGGACGACGCCGGCUUCGACAACCCCGCCUUUGAGGAGAGCACGGAGGAAGAAAGUGUGGUAGGGAUGGAGUGUGUGGUCCCCAGGGUGAAGCGGCCCCUCAGUAACCCCUGCAUCCACCUCCUGCGAUCAGUCAGCUCCACCUCCUCUGGCUGGGACUGCGCUGAGUCUCCGCCCCUUUCUGCUGAAGAAGGUAUGACAUCACUUCCUCAAUUUGGCUCAGCAUCUUCCUACAGGGCUGCAUAA